AUGUAUAAAGAGCGAUACUCAGAGAUUUUAGCUGAGGAGAAUAAUAAAGAAAAUGAGCCGCUUCUACGAGAUUCGUGCGUUGGUUCAGAGAGGAAACACGAAAAGCCCUUGCGUUGGACCAAGGCCAAAGAGAGUCUUUCAGAUCUUCGCCAGAAGAUCUGGUAUCCUUUCAGAAGAACGAGAGAGAAAAUGAGCAAGAGACAUGAACUGGCGCUUUUAGCCUGGCUGGGAUUGAUGCUGAUCUUCAUCAGCAAGCAAAAUCUUUCCAUAGCCGUUAUUGGAAUGAACUCAAAUAAUUCGACGGAAGUUGAAGAUGAGACGAACCAUUGCUCAGGGGAAACAAAUUCGAAUGCUACAGAAUCACUACAGAGCCAAGAAACAGAGUUUCAUUGGACAGAAUCACAGGAAAUGAAGCUCCUGGGGUGCUAUUACUAUGGAUAUGUCCUGUUUCAUAUGGUAGGAGGAUGGAUUGGAUUCAAAUACGGAUUCAAGAAGCUACUCUUUUGGUCAUCGCUUGUUGGCGCGAUAAUCAACCUUGCCUUUCCUUAUGCAAUCCGAUUGAGUUACAGUCUUGGUGUAAUCUUAAGAAUUUUACUCGGAAUUUCUCACAGUGGAUCUUCAGCAGCUAUGACUGAAGCAUGGGCAAAAUGGGCUCCGCAAAAUGAAAAGUCUUUCUUGCUCAAUUUGAUCUUCUCGGGGAUGACUUUCGGUCUCUUGCUGACAAAUCUCGCGGGCGGCUGGAUCAUUCAAUCUUAUGGUUGGCCCGUAAUUUUCCAUAUUCCAGCAAUCGCUACCUUUCUAUGGGUUCUUGUUUGGCAAUUUCGCGUGACAGAAACGCCCGAAGAGCACAAGACAAUUUCAAAGGAAGAGUUAGAACUAAUCGUAUCGACUCGAUCUGGCCAAAAUAAUAUGGCAAAAACGGAUAUUCCUUUCAUGAAACUCUUUACUUAUCUUCCUGUUUGGGGAUUCAUAAUCGGAUGCAUUGGUAAAGAUUUUGCUGCUUUUACGGCAAUGCAAAUGUUUCCGAUGUACAUGAACAGAAUUCUUGGAUUCGACAUCAAAGCAAGCGGUCUUUACUCAGCUCUACCAAUGCUUUGCUUAACAAUAUCGGAAAUUCUCAUUGGCUAUUUAUCUGAUAUUUCAAUACGAUCCAUCGGAAUAAGUAAAACAAGGAGAGGCUCAAUCAUGAUCGGCGCCAUCGGAUGUGGUGGUAGCUUUCUAGCGAUGAAUUUUAUCGGGUGCAAUGUUUCUCUUGCCUUAUUGCUGCUGAAUUCAUCCCUUUUAUGGCUUGGCCUUUACUGUGUUAAUAUCCAAUCUAACGUCCUUGACUUCGGCGCUGAAUACGCUGGAAGAAUAAACUCAAUCUCUAACACCUUUUCCAAUUCUGCAGGAUUCGCUGCACCCCAACUGGCCGGGGCAAUCUUGGAAACAUUUGGAAACACACGAAAAGGAUGGGGUUACAGUUUUGCUCUGACGACUGCCAUCUGCCUUUCUUCAGCCAUAUUUGGAGUCUGUUCGAUCGUUUUUGAAAAUAUCUUUGGAAACAAAGACGAAAACGUCGCCGGUGAAAAGGAGCCUUUAAAAUAA